AUGCAGCAAAUUCCCGGCUGUGACGAGAUACACCCUGUCUGCUCCAACUGCCAGAGACACGACCUCGCUUGUAGCUGGUCGCAAGCCGAAGCACCUCCCGCAACCCGCGCCGACAUUCCCUACAUUACGAAGCUCGUAGCAGACCUCAACCUUCCAUCAAAGGGUUGCCAUUCAGGCAAUGAACAAAUACCAACACCUCCAACACCGUUCUAUCAACCGGCGCCGCCCACCUAUCUAGAUCCUCUACCUCCCGAAGAGCUCUGGCAACGAAACCUCGAAUUAAUGCAUCACUACUCCACUAUAACAGCUAGUACGCUAUCACUUCGACAAGACGUAGAAUACGUAUGGCGAGAAGCCAUUCCUCGGGAGGGAUACAAGCACUCUUUCGUCUCAAACUGCAUACUGGCUCUCGCUGCCGCCCAUAAAGCCUAUCUUAUUCCAAACAGUGGCGAGGUCUACUUGAAGCUAUGUGACUACCACUCGAUGCUAGGCAGUACGGGCUUCGACUAUGAAGUGCAGAAUCCCACCGAGGAUAACUCGAUGGCCCUAUUUGGCUUCGCCACGGUACUUAUACUCUACAGGUUUACACUCCCUGCCAGAUCUGCCACACAGAAACUCGACGACCCUGUUGCUAGUCUUCUCGAGCUGGCCGCUCUUAUUCGGAGACUCCAGACUACUCUAUCGCAACUUGUUAGCCGAACAUACAACUCGGAUUUAGCCCCUCUCAUCUAUGGGGUUUGGCCGUCGGAGACCGAUGGUCGCUUGACGGGUUACCCGCCUAUUGACAAUACCUUCCUCCCAAACGACCUAUGGGACGCAACAAACCAACUGCGAUGCUUCCAAGAGUCAGAAGUACCCUCCGAGAGCCUCAUCCACUACCGGGACGCAGUAGACAAGCUCGAGUAUUCUGCCCGACUUAUUUCCCUUGCAGGAUCGUACGCCGAGAGCGGCGCGAUCACCGCCUGGUUACACGACGUAAACGAGUGCAUCCUGGCGGACAUGGCAGCCUACAAACCGCACGCUCUGAUUCUUCUGGCCUAUUUUUGUGUUUUUCUUGCUGGUAUCCAGAGGAACUUUUGGUAUGCACGGGGGUGGGGGGACCAGCUAUACGAAAAGAUCGAGGCAAGCCUUGAUGGACAGGAUAGAUUUUUACAGCUACUGCAAUGGCCAAGAGCAUAUCUGGCAUUACUAUAA